AUGUGGCAUGGAGAACCUACUUUGUCCUCCUGUGCUAGUGCACCUAGUCCUUUAGGUGUACCUCAAAACCCUCAUUUUGGUUCUGAAACCAUUGAUAUGUGUCAAGCAGCCUUUAAUGAAGGUGAUUAUGAUGAGGAGUCCGAUGAGUUCAAUAAGUUUGUUGAGGAAGCAGAAAGACCAUUAUUUGAGGAUAGUGAACACACCAAGUUACAUGCAUUGGUGCAACUUCACAAUUUGAAAGCUAGGUUUGGUAUGAGUGAUACUUCUUUUUCUGAGUUACUUGCCACUGUUGGGUCUUUGCUUCCAAAAGAUAAUCAUGAUGACAAGCGACCUAAAGAUGGAUACAUGCGCCAUCCAGCCGAUUCUCCUGCUUGGAAGUUGGUUGAUUAUAAGUGGCCUAAAUUUGCUAGUGAAUCAAGAAAUCUUAGGUUGGCAUUAUCAGCAGAUGGUAUUAAUCCACAUAGCUCUAUGAGUAAUAGAUAUAGUUGUUGGCCCAUCAUAUUGGUGACUUAUAAUCUUCCUCCAUGGUUAUGCAUGAAGAGGAAGUUUAUGAUGUUAUCUUUAUUAAUUUCUGGUCCGAAACAGCCGGGAAAUGACAUAGAUAUCUACCUAGAGCCAUUGAUUGAUGAUCUAAGAACUUUAUGGGAUGGUGUUAAUGAUGUGUAUGAUGCACAUACGAAAGAGUACUUCACUCUUAGAGCAGUUUUGUUGUGGACCAUUAAUGACUUCCCUACAUAUGGAAACUUAUCGGGGUGCACCACUAAAGGAUACAAAGCAUGUCCAAUAUGUGGUAACAAAACUUCUGCCAUACAUUUGCCCCACAGUAGGAAGAUGUCUUAUGGCAGUCACCGUAAGUAUUUGCCUUGCCAUCAUCCUUACCGUAGGCAGAAAAAAGCAUUUAAUAAUGAGCAAAAAUUUGAAGUUGCACCGACACCACAAUCGGGAGAGGAAGUGUUCAAGAGAGUUGAGUAUAUUAAUCAUGAGUUUGGGAAGGGAAAAAAGAAGAAAAACUUGGCUGCAGAUGCUACUUGUCCUUGUUGGAAGAAAAGAUCAAUUUUUUUUGACUUGGAGUAUUGGAAAUCUCUUUAUGUUCGCCAUUGUCUUGAUGUGAUGCACAUUAAGAAGAAUAUUUGCGAGAGUUUGAUUGGUACAUUGUUAAACAUGCCUUCUAAAACAAAAGAGUGUUGCUGCUCGCUUACAUAUGCUUCAAAUGGGUGUUAUUUGGGUCAGAAAAUUGGGGAGAAAAAAACAUAUUUACCUGCUGCCCCGUAUAAUUUGUCGAGGAUAGAGAAGAUGAAAAUGUGCAGUUCUCUAUUGUUCAUGAAGGUUCCUAAUGGUCAUUCAUCAAAUAUAAAAAAUUUGUUGUCCAUGGAUGAUUUGAAGUUAUAUGGUUUGAAGUCUCACGAUUGCCACACAUUGAUGCAGCAAUUGCUUCCAGUUGCCAUUCGUUCCGUGCUUCCCAAACAUGUUAGAAUUUCUAUAAUGAGGCUAUGCUUCUUCUUUAAUGCUUUGUGCACUAAAGUGGUUGAUGUAUCAAAGUUGGAUAAACUUCAAACUGAUUUGGUGUUGACUUUGUGUGGUUUAGAAAUGAUAUUCCCUCCCUCAUUUUUCGAUAUAAUGGUACAUCUCACAGUGCACCUAGUUAGAGAAGUCCGAUUAUGUGGCCCCGUAUUUUAUAGAUGGAUGUAUCCUUUUGAGCGUUUCAUGAAAGUAUUGAAGGGGUAUGUUCGCAAUCGGUUUCAUCCUGAGGGUUGCAUAGCUGAGAGUUAUAUUGGUGAAGAAUCUAUUGAGUUUUGCUCAGAGUUUUUACAAGAAUGUAGUGCAAUUGGAGUUCUUAAGGGACCAUGUAAGCUCUCUGGCACACUUUCUGGUGCGAAAUUGAAGUCAUUGUCUGAAGAAGAGAGAGACCUGGCACAUCUUCAUGUGCUGUCCAAUAAUGCUGAAGUGGAUCCAUAUAAGACUUAA